CUGUGAAAUAGGUUUCCAGCCUUCUCGCUCUCUGCACUGCGGAUUGCAUCCGCUCCAAAUGAGAACUCCUUAGAAGUUGGAACGAAACAGACAUGAACGACUCAUCCGACGUCAACAGAUCAACGUUGUUGGUACCACCGAACGCUGACCCGCGCAUGAUCCACGCUCAAGCUUUGAAAUCACAUUCCCACCAAGAUCGCUUCCUCUGCAACCAGCUCAUCUCCCUUUACUCAAAAUCCAGUCUUUUGUCUUAUGCCCGUCGCGUCUUCGCCCAGAUCCCAUCCCCGAACGUCGUGUCAUGGACGUCCCUCAUCUCCGCGCACGCCGACUCCCUCCUUUCUCUGCGACACUUCGUGUCCAUGCUUCGCCACUCGGCUCUGCCCAACCAGCGCACCGUCGCUUCCCUCCUCCGGACCUGCACGACCCUUUUGUGCGUACCCUUUGGUCUCUCCCUCCAUUCCUUGUCCCUGAAGCUUGGUUUCGCCAACGAGCCGUUUUCUGGGUCUGCCCUCGUCAGUUUCUACUCUAAAUGUCGGUUGGCCGGUGGCGCGCUCAAGGUGUUCCACGAAAUGCCUGAGAAGGACGAGGUUUGUUACUCUGCUGUCAUUGUUGGUUUGGCGCAAAGUUCCCGGCCUAUAGAUGCGUUGUCGGUGUUUGCUGAUAUGAAAUGUUGUGAUAUAGGGUCAACAAUGCAUAGUGUUUCGGGGGCGCUGCGCGCCGCUUCAGAGUUGGCUGCGUUGGAACAGUGCGCCAUUAUCCAUGCCCAUGCAGUAGUCACCGGGCUUGAUAAUAAUGUGGUUGUGGCGAGUGCUUUGAUCGAUGGGUAUGGGAAGGCUGGAGUUAUUUCGGACGCGAGAUAUGUGUUUGAUGAGAAUGUGGCAGUGAUGAAUGACAUCGGAUGGAAUGCAAUGAUGUCUGGCUAUGCCCAACAGGGUGAUGUGGAGUCAGCGGUCAAGCUUUUCCAUGAAAUGGAUUCUCAGGGACUUGUUCCUGAUGAGUAUAGCUUCCUAGCUAUCCUGACAGCAUGUUGCAAUGCUGGUUUAGUCACGGAGACAGAAAAUUGGCUAACCCAGAUGAGACUGGAGUAUGCACUAGAACCGAGAUUAGAACAUUACACUUGUCUAGUUAGUGCUAUGGGAAAUGCUGGGAAAUUGGAGGAAGCCAAGAAGCUUGCAAUGACCAUGCCAUUUGAGCCCGAUGCUGCAGUAUGGCGGUCGUUACUAAUUGCUUGUGGACACCACAGUGAUGCCAACAUGGCUUGCUCAGUCGCAGGGCAGUUACUGGAGCUUGACCCAAAUGACGACUCAGCUUAUGUGAUAGCUGCAAAUAUAUUGUCAUCUUCGGGACGAUGGAAUGAGGUUGCUGAAGUACGGAAGAGGAUGAAGGAUAGGAGGGUGAAGAAGGAAGGUGGUAUGAGCUGGAUUGAGGUGCGAGGUGAAGUCCAUGUCUUCAUGUCAGGAGAUAGAAAACAUGAGAGGACAGAAGAAGUCUACUUGAAGCUGAUGGAAUUGAUGGAGAAAAUCGAGAAUUUAGGGUAUGUGCCGGUGUGGAAGGUAAUAUCCCAUGAGUUGGGAGAGAGGGAGAAGAAGGAAGCUCUUUGGUAUCACAGUGAGAAACUGGCAGUGGCUUUUGGGCUGUUGAAUGGCGUUUCACCGCCCCACAAGCCACUGAGGGUUGUGAAGAAUCUGAGGAUCUGUAAGGAUUGUCACGAGGUGUUUAAGUACAUCAGCCGUGCUGAGGAGAGGGAGAUCAUUGUUAGGGAUGUAAAUAGAUACCACCGAUUCCUUAACGGUAUCUGUACUUGUGGAGAUAUUUGGUAAUUCGAGGUACGUGUCUGUUAUUUACCCAGAA